UGCACACCUAUAUCGCCUGAGGGUUUAAAGAUAGAUAUUGUUCGUACCUGUAUAUUUGAAGAAAGGACGGAUUAACUAUUGUGUACAGGUGGAAGUAUUUACCCGGAAAAAAGAAUCAGAAUGAAGUUGAUUCUUUUAGUUGGAUUAAUUAUUCUUCUAGACAUAGUUACUUGUCUUAAAUCAGACCAUGAAAACCAUUCAAAACGAAAGCACUUUGGUCCAAAUAAAAAGACAGUAUCACGCGAUGAAAAAGAAAAUGUACAAGGUCCACACAGCCCACGUUCACCAACGGGAAAUGUACAAAGGAAGUUUAAGAAGUACGUAGAUAAGUGGGAAAGAUUUAGCAAUCCCGACACAAAAUGGCACCAAGUUAAAACAGAGAAAGAAGAACGAAAGAAAAAGCAUGUUGAUAAUGUUAAGAAAGAAGACAAACGACACCCCGAACAUCUUGUUAACAUAAAACACAAACACAUCCGGGAUAAAAUUCAAAAAAAGAAUGAUAGAUCGUCUGAAAAAAGAAAAUCAUCAAAAAAUCAUAUGGCGGGCAAGUUUUCUAGACGCAAUUCAAUGAAAAACUAUAUGGGUAAACACAAAAUGUUUGAACGAAGACGUCUACACCAAUUCAUACAGAAAUACAGGAACCAAAGAAGAGGACAUAUGAAGCCUUUUGACCUUCACGGAUUGGACAAGAAGGAUAACGAACGAAAAGGUCAUCUGAAAAUACACAGAGGUUUAGGAAGACCUGGACACGGACCUAAACCUUUCGCUAGAGGCAACAAACAACAUCCUAAUCACGAAAGUUCAUUUUGCAAGAAAAGAGAGAACAGAAAAUGCCCGGAUUAUAAAAGAGAAAUUUGUGGUAAUGAUGGAAAAACAUAUCAAAACAGAUGUUUGUUGAUGGAAGAAAUGUGCAAGAAAGAAAGCAAGGAUAUCCACAUGGUGAGCAGAGGAGCUUGUGUAGAGAAGAUCUUAAACUGAUUUAUUUUUACAUUAUUUUACACCCUUUUCCAUAUUUUUGUCUGUUGAUAAUGCUAAAUUACUGUCAUUGAAAGAUGUUCAAAUUUUGAAUUUAAUUGAAUGUCUUUGUUUUCGUAAUUUUACCUUUCAUAACUUCAUUGAAGCUUCCUGAAUUCUUUUUUAAUGUAUAAAAAAACGCACAAUUUAUAACCGGACUGCAUUUCUUAUGUUUGGAAAUACUAUUCUGUUUUUUUUUUUUGAAAAGAAACCGAAACUGUCACCAUGAUUUAUCACAGUUUUUAUAUUGACUCGUUCUAUACUAAUUUUCUAUACUCUGAUAAAAUUAUACGUACGCCAUCAUGCAUAUUCGUCAUUUCUUAAUUAGAUAGAAUGUUACAAAGUAUAUUAAUUAUUAUUAUGCAUAAUCAUUGCCAUUUAUAAACUUUACUUUUAAUAAAGAAUCUGUAUUUUG